AUGCAGCCAAGAUCGCCAUGCUGUAGGGUAUCAGCUCAGUACAGUGAAGCUAGCAAGUGUGCUGUUUUCACUAAUGUAUCGUCUGGCCCUUCACAUCAAUUUUAUCAAGAACACAGUAAUACCCAGCCCCGAGACGUCGACAGCCAAAAUAUCACCUACCAUGAUCGUUGGGCAGGCGGUUCAGACAGUCAAAUAUCCCCAAUGCCAACAACCGAAUUUUCUGAUCAUCCAAUUGCGCCCGACUCCGAGGCUCUGAUUGAGGUUUUCUUCACAAAUCGGUGGUCUCAAUCGCCAUUCCCUCAUAAGCCAACAUUUGUCCAAAAUGACUUUCUACCUCUCACAAGAGGCGAGCCGGUCCUCGCGGCAGCCAUUGCUGAAACGAAUUCCAAAGAUCUAUCCCAACAGCAGCAUACACAUAGAGCUUUCUUCCAAGCAGCUAUCAAAGUCCUCACUAUGUCAAAACCAAGUGGGAUUCGGGCGCCUCAAAUGUCAUACUCGGCUAUAACCUUGCCCUGA